CCCCACCCUAGAAAUCACCGCGCUCGAAAACGCGUCGGCUUUACAUUUUACGUGUUGGUUUCGAGGUUUGACGAACAUUAACGAACUUUUCCUAGGCUACGUUAUCGCAAAUUUUGUAGCCCUCAUUCUUGUUUUUCUUUUUUUAAUUUUACGACUCUCCUGCGUCAAAUAUCCUGUCACUUAAUUCGAGCUGCCCGAUAGGCAGCGCCCACGGCGACCAUGUACAUAAAGCAGAUUAUCAUACAAGGCUUUAAGAGCUACAAAGACCAAACGGUCAUGGAGCCCUUCUCUCCCGGUACGAAUGUCAUCGUCGGUCGUAAUGGCUCUGGAAAGAGUAAUUUUUUUGCCGCGAUACGAUUCGUCUUAGGUGACGCCUACACCCAAAUGAAUCGCGAGGAGCGUCAGGCGCUACUACAUGAAGGCUCCGGAUCGGCAGUCAUGUCUGCUUACGUCGAAGUAAUUUUCGAUAAUAGCGAUGACCGAUUCCCGACUGGAAAUAAGGAGGUCGUCCUGCGCCGCACAAUUGGUCUCAAGAAGGACGAAUACUCAGUAGAUAAAAAGGUUUCGACCAAAACAGAUGUCGCGAACCUGCUCGACGCCGCCGGAUUCUCGAGGUCGAACCCUUACUAUAUUGUACCACAGGGACGUGUCACAGCCCUCACCAAUAUGAAAGAGUCGGAUCGGUUAAAUCUACUAAAGGAAGUUGCUGGAACCCAAGUCUACGAAUCCCGCCGUGCGGAAUCACUUAAGAUAAUGACGGAAACAAAUAAUAAGAGAGAGAAGAUCGACGAACUGCUGGAUUAUAUUAAGGAACGCCUAAGCGAACUAGAGGAAGAGAAGGAGGAGUUGCGCGACUACCAGGACAAGGAUCGUGAGCGUAGAUGCUUGGAGUACGCGUAUUAUCACAAGGACCAAGUCGCUACGCAGGAGGCUCUAGAAGAAGUAGAAGAAACGCGUCAAGGUGGCAUCGAGAAUACGGACGAGAAUCGCGAAACGUACAAUGCGGGUAUGAGAGUCAUCACUACUUUGGAUGCCGAAAUACAUAAGCUCCAACAGCAAAUGGAGCUACUUCGUAUAGACCGUCGGCAGCUCGACGAAGACCGCCGAGAAACUGCCAAGGCAAUGGCAAAUGCCGAAUUGGUUGUCAAGAGUUUAUCAGACAGCAUGUCAGCUCAGGAGCAAGCCAGGUCCCAGCAUGACGCAGAGCUGGAAGAGGUGAAGGCGACGAUAGCGCAAAGGGAAGCUGAACUCAAAAAAUUAACUCCCGAAUUUGAGAAGGCAAAGCAGAAAGAGGCAGAAAUAAAACAAGCCCUGGACACGGCGGAAGCUGGACGGCAGCGCCUCUUUACAAAGCAGACAAGAGGAAGCCAAUUCAAAAGCAAAGCAGAGCGGGAUGCGUGGUUGCGAAAAGAAAUAGAUGAACUCAACAUAGCAUUAAGCCAGCAAAGAGCGAAUCGUCUCGAUGCUGAUGAAGAAGUGAAAACCAUUCAGGCCACUAUCCAGCAGCUUGAAAAUGAGAUCGCGGAACUGCGACAUAGAAAUGAAAGAUUUGGCGGCGAGCGCCUCGCUCUCGCCGAAGAAGUCGCCAACGCGAAAGAUGUCCUGGAAAAGCUCAGCGAAGAGCGAAAAUUACUCCGCCGAGAGGACGACAAGUUGGAGACAAUCAUUGCAAAUGCUCAAGGCGAGUUGGACAGUGCUGAGCGGGAACUAUCCCACACCAUGGACCGUGCCACUUCUCGGGGUCUUGCAUAUAUACAACAGCUAAAACGCAAGGAAGGUAUUCCCGGUGCCUACGGCACGCUCGCUGAGCUCUUUGAAGUUAACGAGGCGUAUCGACUACCGGUAGAGCAGGUCGCUGGUGCCUCUUUGUUCCACUACGUAGUCGAUAACGACGACACUUCGACAUAUCUGGCCAGCAUGCUUCAGAAACAUCAGGGGGGAAGAAUUACGUUCAUGCCACUUUCCAGAUUAAGGCCACGGAUUGCAAACCUUCCAAGAGCUAAUGAUGCGGUCCCUUUGCUCAGCAAGAUCAAGUACAACGCCGAAUACGAGAAGGCGUUCCAGCAAGUAUUUGGCAACACAAUCAUUUGUCCCAACCUCACAAUCGCCAGUCAAUACGCGCGAAGCCAUGGUGUACAUGGUGUUACUCCAGACGGAGAUACCAGUAACAAGCGUGGUGCAGUGACUGGUGGAUAUAUUGAUACGCGGAAAUCGCGUUUGGAAGCUGUCCGGGCCGUGAACAAGUGGAGAGAAGAAUGUGACCAACUAAAGUCUAGAGCAAAUGACAUACGGAAGAAAAUAGAGCAAAAGGACCAGGAGAUUACCAGCGCAUUAGGCGAAGAGCGUAGGCUAGCGCAGAGACUCCGGCAAAUGGAAGAUGGCUACGGUCCGCUGCGAGCAGAAUUGAAUGCCAAGAAUAACCAGGUCGAUCGCGAAAGAGAUCGACUUGAAGCUGCAAUCAAACGGCGAGACAUUGUCGAGAGGAACAUGAAGCAGUUCCAGGACAACCUCAGCGCAUAUGAAGCUGAGCUGGCUUCUGACUUUAAGAAGGUCUUGACAGCUAACGAGGAGAAGCAACUCGAGAGCCUCGGUGCCCAGGUUCAACAGUUACAGAAAGAAUGGAACGAGAUAAGCAACAAGCGGAGAGAGCUUGAAAGUCGCAAGCGAAAACUGGAAUUGGACCUGCGAACAAAUCUCCAACUCAAGCUCGAUCAGCUCACUAGUCAGGCGUCCGAAACUGCUUCCAGUGGUACCAGUAACUUGAAAGAAGCCAAGAGAGAGCUUAAGAAGGCACAGACAGCGAUGGCAUCAGUUCAGAACAAGAUCAAGGCCAACGAUCAACAGAUCGAAUCUGCCGAAUCUCAGAUAGCGAGCCUAGAAAAACAAAAAAACGAGAAGGAAGCACAACUCCAGGAGAUUGCAAGAGAAAUAAAGAAACAGGAGAAGAAGAUGGACAGGGCCAGGCAAAUGAAGGCUCUAUUAACAGCAAAAGCGGCGGAGCUGACCAAGAACAUUCGAGACCUCGGUGUCUUGCCGGAAGAAGCUUUUGAGAAAUACGAGAGACUCGAUCACAAGACCGUUGUUUCACGUUUGAAGAAGGUCAACGACGCGUUAAAGAAGUAUAAGCAUGUCAACAAGAAAGCUUUCGAGCAAUACAACAGCUUUACCAACCAGCAAGAGCAGCUACUCAAACGACGCAAGGAACUCGAUCAAUCUCAGGCGUCAAUCGAAGAGCUAGUUGCUCACCUAGACCAGCGCAAAGACGAGGCGAUCGAACGCACUUUCAAGCAGGUGUCGAAGGAAUUCACCACCAUCUUCCAGCGUCUGGUACCUGCAGGCCACGGCCGUCUAGUAAUUCAGCGCAGAGCCGAUCGACGCGCUGACCAGGAUGAUUCUGACGAGGAACAGAGAAGCCGCGUGGAGAACUACAUAGGCGUCGGUAUCAGCGUCUCUUUCAAUUCCAAGACUGCAGACGAGCAGCAGCGUAUUCAGCAGCUCUCGGGUGGUCAAAAGAGUCUUUGCGCUCUCUGUCUCAUUUUCGCCCUGCAGCAGACGGAAUCGAGCCCCAUGGUCAUCUUCGACGAGGUCGACGCCAAUCUCGACGCGCAGUACCGCACGGCGGUAGCGGGACUCCUCCAGUCCAUCUCGGCCGAGGCCGGCACGCAGUUCAUCUGCACGACCUUCCGCCCGGAGAUCGUGCACGUGGCCGACCGGUGCUACGGCGUGCUGUUCCGCAACAAGAACAGCACCAUCAACUGCGUGAGCAGGGAGCAGGCGCUCGACUUCGUCGAAGGCCAGGCACCGAGGUAAAGGUUUGUUGACGGAAAGUCGGUAAGCGACGUGGAGCUGAGCUGAAGGAGUAGGGGGUGCGGUGCGGGUCCUGUGUAUAAGGUCUUAGGCGAGGGAGUUCACGUAAAGAAAUUCAUUCGAGUCCCGUGUUAUGCUGUUAGGUGGUGUUUGUUUGCUACCGCUGUAUGAGGUAGCUUGUGCUUCUAUGGUUCGAAGGAUGCUAAUGAAUGUUAUUUAUUGCUCAUACUUGUAGAGAGAGAGACAAGGGUCUAGUUCCUGAGAUCUCUGCAAUCGAGGACACGUUCCUAAACAUACUACGUAAGUUGUGAAUUGUAGUUUUAACCUAAAGACGUUCGAUGUAAUAUC